AUGAAUAACCCGAUUAGCUUUACCACGGGUGACGAUGGCUAUGCAAAGUACUUCGAUAUCAGGCUUGAUAACGAUUAUAUUGUAUUUCGCGGGAACGAACAUGAAGCCGCCAGCACCCUGCUGAAUGGCAAGUUGCUCCUUUGCCUCUCGGAGCCCCUGCAGAUCAAAUAUCUGAGACUGAACCUCACCGGCAUGUCGAAAAUCCUCUUCCAUGGAUCUGCCAGGCGCAGAAAGCCUGCGAGGGAACACACAUUUCUUGAGAAAACAUGGUCAUUUAAAGAUGCUGGUAAGAACAAGCUGGAGACCUUGCCAGCCGGCAACUAUGACUUCCCUUUCGAUAUCAUCCUCCCGGGAUCUCUCCCGGAAAGCAUUGAGGGAUUGCGCGACACCUUCAUCACAUAUCGAUUCAAAGCGGAGAUUGGCCGGAAAUACGCCAAGAGUAUCGUCGUGCGGAAGCCAUUGAGGAUCAUUCGCACCCUCGAUCCAAGCGCCCUGGAGCUGUCGCAUGCAAUGCUGGUGGAGACCCACGAUUUCGUCUUAAAUCCUGAAGCCGCCCAAGCCGACCAAUUGUCCCAUAAAUGGACGAAAGUAAUCCUUGACGACUCCUGCACGCUGGACCAACUAAAGAAAUCCCAAUCCCUGGAUGGAGAGGUUGAGGGAUUUGCUUUUUCUCGAAUCUUGAACUUACCAAAAUCCCUCAGCAAAUGCUUACAAGACGUUGAUACGCGAGGCAUAAAAAUCAAGCACAAACUAAAGUUCAAAGUCCAACUCCACAAUCCGGACCGUCACUUAUCUGAGGUAUAUUUUCCCAUAUUCACUGUUAUCGAUUCCCAUGUGCUCUUUCUCGCGUUCACGUAUUGGCUUCGUGCCAGCCUUCCUGUUUCGAUUUUCAUUUCUCCCCAUCUCCCUAUUGGUGACAAUAAUGACCUUGUUGAUCAAUCGGUCCAGUCUGCCCAGCGAGCUAUCCAUACUAUGGCCCAGCAAGCGCCCCCUCUUUACGGAGACCAUCGAUUCGAUCAGCUGUACAGCGAAAUAGAUUGCUCCGGAUAUCGGACUCCCGGGAGCACCAGUGGCCCUGGCACACCUUUGUUAUCUCUCAGUCGAAGUCUCUCAGCAGAGAACAUUAAUGGCGCGGUGCCUCUAGGGCGUCAGCACAUCUCUCCAUCUGUUUUACAUACCCGACUAAGCGACCUACACCUUAACGGCACCGCAUUACAGCUGACACCUCCGAGCUCGGAAUCCCCGGAAUCCGCAGAAUCAGCUCGUGAUUCAACUGGCCAAGAACCCCAGCCGUUGGAUUUCGGUAGCGGCAUUCCCUCCAUCAACAUCCAGAGUCCUGGCGUUGUUACCCCUGCAACAUCACGACCACCAUCGGAAGAUGGCAACAUCUACUCUGGGCAGACUACUCCUAACUGUCAUAUUAGUGAAGUCGAGCACCUCUCCCGUGUCCCCAGUUACGCCACUGCAGUCCGAUCGCAUCCUUCGCCGCAUUACUGUGAGGGGCUACCCGACUAUCAAGCGGCCACUGCUGGAGAUGCCGCUGGUAUUUCUAUGACUCCUGCGCUACCCCCGCAAUCGCAGCAGGGGCGUGGUCGCAGGAGAUCCCACAGCGCCUCGAUAUCUACUGAAAUAAGACGUCGUCCACGGUUGCGGCUUCACGGCUGGAGUCAUAGCGAUGAUAUACAACAACAAUUACGGAUGCCUCAAGUUUCUUAA